GCUAUGAAAAUGUUAUGGUUCCAAAUGCUUUCUGGAACUCUUUGGUACAUUAUGGAUUUGAACCAAGUCCCUCAAACUUACUAAUAAUAAAUUACUUAAUUCGUUAGUUUUUCUAGGAAUUAAUCUUGAAGGACUCCCUUGAUAGCGGACAGGUCUACUUACGGCUGCCUUGACAAAUUAAACCCCAUUAAUCCACUUGAACAGCCCUGCAUAAUUAUCACACAUAUUUCUGCUGGAGAAAAGCCUGCCGCAAUGUCUCCAUAUCUCAACCCUGGAUGCAAGAUAAUAGCAAUUAAUGGACAGGGAUUGAAUGGCCUCUCCUUCGAGAAAGUGAAAGCCAUGCUCCAGAGAGCUCCAGCAUCAGUGAUGUUAACAAUACAAGAGCCCACAUGUUUGCUACAUGAAAAAAGAUUUCUCCCUUCUGGUGGAAGGUACACAUGGCCUGUUGAGGUAGAAAGAGCACCACUUUGCAAGUCCAUAAGUGAAGGACAGUUUCCUCUUGCAAAUGAGCACUACAUUUGCUCAAUGUGUAGUCAUAAAGCAGCAGGCCAGAAUAUCACUGCUGAUGCCCAAUCUACUCCUUUGUCAGUGCUUCCACAAUCAGGAGCAGAGUCUGGCAGCAUCCAAAAUGGUCAAGAGUUAAAAGAUAUUUCACCUGUUGCAACCACACCAGCAUCUUCCCAACCAAGGGGAUCUGAUGAAACAGGAAGUGCUGUAAGGGAUGGUCUCAGCUCAAGCACUAGAUAUGGUGGCACACAGGAAAUGGGAAGCAUCGAACAUGGUCAAGGGUUAAAAGAUUCUACAGCUGUCCAAACCACAUCUCUGUGUGCGUCUCCUGGACCAAACGGUUAUGCUGUUCAACCAACAGGAUACAAUGAAACAAGAAGUGUCUCAUGGAAUGGCCCCAGCUCAAGUACUAGAUAUGGUGGCACACAGGAAAUGGGUAACAUCCAAAAUGGGCAAGAGUUAGAAGAUACUUCAGCUGCCCAAACCACUUCACUUUUUACAUCUCCUGAACUAGCAGGAUGCAAUGACCAAGCAACUGGAUAUGAUGAAACAAGAAGUGCCAUGUGCAAUGGUGCCACCUCAACCACUGGAUAUGGUUUACUGGGAACGAGCAUUAUCCAAAAUGGUCAAGAGUUCAAAGAUGUUGAAAAGAGGCCAAGGAGCCCAAGUCUACAUGGAGGAUUACCCAAUUCCCCCUUGCCUCCGCCAUCUGAUCAUGGCAUUGCAAAUGGGGCAACCAUACACUAUAGAUCAAGUGGGAUACAGGAAUCAGGCACUCCAAUGUCUUUACCCUCCGAACUAUGUGAAACACCAGAAGACCAAGAAAUACCUGUUUGUCAGAACUGCCUGAAAAUUACUGUAACUGACAAACGAGAGCAAUCCAUUGAACAGGUUCCAGGAACAAUCUACUACUUAAUGUGCAUGAGACUUGACAAGAAAAGUCAGUUCCUCCGGGACUACCGCAUAAUGGGAGAGAAACUUGGAUUUUCCAGGAGUGAUAUUUCUCUGUUGGACAAUCAUGCUCAACCCACUGACUGUCUCCUUAAUGAAUGGAUCGCUCGAAAGGGUAAAGAGGCCACUGUCAGUGUGUUGAUGGAGAUCCUCAGCAAAAUGGAGCGGCAAGAAUUGCUUGAGUUAUUACAAAGCUGGACAGAAACCUGUCCAAAAUGCUUUGAAAACCAACAAAAAAAUGUAAGAGAAUCUUCUGUUUAAAAAAUGAUUUGGGUAUAAUUACAACAUGGUAAGUCCAUAGGGAAUGUACAUGCUCAUUACCAUCUUGCACUUCACUACUGGUUGUAAUUAUAAUGUUCAGUUUCAAUGCAAUAGUAAACAUUAUGAUAGUCUCUUGCUCUCUCUCUCUCAUACACACUAUAUACUAAUGGUAAUAAAUUAACAUGCAAGACGAUAACAAGAAUCGGCACAUGACAGCAAGGGAGACAUGCAAUAGCGAUGUAACAGUUCAGUAAUGGAGAUCACUAAUGGUCAAGCAACAAGUCAGAAAAAAAUGCUGAAAAACACAUUAUAUUGCAGCAAAAAUUCUCAGACCAAAAUAAUUUUGUUUUGAGAUGCAUUUUGUAUCCCACAUGGCUUUUGCAGCAGAUUCCAGAAGACAAGGCAAGUUAAAUUUGUACCGUUUUAAUUUCAUUUUAAUCUAUGUUCUUCAAAUAUAACUUAAUUCUGCAAUAUACAAAUUAGCAUGAGGGUUCCCUAUGGUUAGACCACUCAGUGAAACUAUUAAACUAUGGGAGUGCAGUAUAAAAGGGUCUAUAACUAUUUUGUAGCAUAUGUUUAAUUUGCCCCUACAUUUCUAUAAUUUAGAUAUGGGCAAAUUAGGUAACAAAUAUAACUUGAUAAAAACACAACAAUUAUUGGAAAGUCCUUAUGGUAGGAUUUACUUGUAUGUUAAGUUUUCUGUAAGCUGUCUUUACUUAAAAAAAAAUAAAAAUAACAUAUAAAAAAAAAGCUGCCCAUACGGACAGGUGGGAAGUGUUAACAAAUAAUUUAUAGCAGCUCUCAGGCACUGGGUUGCUGAGGAACUGGAAGUCUGUGCAUAAUAAAAUUGAACUUUGAUACACAUGGUUCUAAAGGAACACCAAAAAUUAUUGUUAAUUGAGCCUGUAGUAAGAGCUGGUUUUCUUGCUUGUCCAUUGGCAAAUGUCAGCCUAAAGCCCAAUGUGCAAUUAGUAUUGUCAUUCACAGCUUGUUGAAACAUUUUAUGACACCAAAAAAAAAGUUUUUUUGGUCAAAAACAAAUAAAGCAACUGGAUCUUAUUCUAGGCAACAACAAACAUUUAAAUGAAGUGUAUUUUUACUACUAUUUUGUGUUAUUGCUUUGUUUGAAUGAAUAUAUAUAUAUUUUUAUUCUUUUUAUUUUUUGUAUCACUUUAAUUAUUGGUUGAGAAUAUUUUAAAGUUACAACCGUUUUAAAAUUGUAAAGUACUUUCAGUUCAAACACUGACUGAUGCUGGUUUAUCUCAGAGUCUACCAUUGUUUGCAUUUUCUCGUAUAAUUAUAAGAACUGAUCCAGAAAAAAGUUAAUAACUAUGAAUACAUCAGGUCAUUUUUUAGCCUAAUCAUUAAUGCUUGUUAAAACUUUACCAUCAGUUAUUAUUGUAGACAAUGUAAAAAGUAGGAAUGCCACAACCAAAGGUGAACAUCAUUGCAAUGAUCAUGAUGUAGCUACAAUAUUUAUUAUAGUGUAGGCAACAACCUUAUUUGGCAUUGUAUAAUAUUUCAAAUUAGAAAUUAGCUUGGUGAUCAUGUCGGCAAAUAUUAUCUCAACAUAAGUGUUACAUCAGACAUGCAAAUAAUUUAAAUUUUAAAAAUUGAUACUAUUCAAUCAUCAAGUAUAGCACUCAACAUUUUUUUGCAACCUGUCACGCAGAACUCCCUCAUUGUAUAAUUUGCAAGCUGAAGAGUAUUGUUAUACAUAAACCAUGCACCCAUGCUUGGUUACAGCAACAUGUUGUACACAGUCAAACUUACUUCUAAUUUGUGCAACAUGUCCCAAGUUUUCAUUUGCACAAUACCGCCUUUCAAUGUGUAGUUCGAUAUUGAUGCAUGACAAGUUGCUACAAAGUAAUGCCCAAGUUACUCAAUCUACGAAGUUAGCUAGAGCCUGUCUUUGAAGGGAGUGGCUAAUAAUCAAUUUUUAAUGAUUAAGAUGUAGGUAAAAAAUAUAUCCUAAAAACAUAUAAGACUAAAGAAACAUAUAAACUGGUAAAAACACCUCAAAAUUUUACCAUUCAAUGCUAAAAUUAGAGGAACUACCAGGAACUAGGGUUUGUUAGCAUCAUACUUUACAGUGAAUGAAUCACAAUAAUAGCCUGUCUUCUAAUAUCCAUCUGCAGAGGUCUGGGCUGGGGUCACUGUGUUUUGUUCAGGAGUAUAAAUGGGUUUAACUUAAAAUAAUAGCCUGGAGAACAAAAUGGGAUAACCGGUGAUAGCAUCAGCUCGCAGCGUUAUACUUACAAGCUGUAACCUCUAGUUGUAAAACUUUUAGCCUUUGCCUCAUCAAGUUUGUUCAACUUAUCUUAACUGGGGAAGUUUGGAGUAAUAUUACAGUACAUAACUGUAGUAUUAGCAGUGGCAGCUUUUAUUAGCCUCAUUUUCAAUUAAAUUACUUGGAAGCCAAGUUUACCGUAGGUCAGUGACCAGAACAGUCUUUUAUGUAGCCUUAAUCUGAGUCAUAACGAAAUGCUCCUAGUGGGCUAAGAACAUUACGUGACAACCCAAAUAAUGGCUGG